AUGGCCUACGAACCGCGCGGAGGUGAUCACGGGCCUGAUGGCAUCGGCUUUGUAAGGGCCAGAGGUCGGCGCCCAGUCACUGAUUAUGGCGCCACCAUGGUGCACUGGAUUCGCGAUCGCCGGCCGCGGUACCAGGGUUCCUUCAAGGGCGAGGCUGAGCGCCCCAGCGCCAGCUAUAUUGUCGAUAUGCUCCCACCGCUGGCCAGAGUUACCAGUCCUGCAGAUUCCGUUCCUGCAAAACACUUACACUCAUCGCUCAACAAAAUCAAGCAUCCCGUCAACGUUGUGCGAUGGACACCAGAGGGCCGUCGGUUGCUGACCGCGUCCACAAGCGGAGAGUUCACCCUGUGGAAUGGCACUGGGUUCAACUUUGAGACAAUUAUGCAGGCUCACGAUGUUGCCAUUCGGGCCAUGGCCUACUCUCACAGUGAUGACUGGCUGAUAUCCGCCGAUCACGAUGGUACUAUCAAGUACUGGCAGCCAAACUUCAACAAUGUCAAAGCUAUUCAGGUUUCUCACGAUCCAAUCAGAGAUCUUGCCUUCAGCCCCAACGACUCCAAAUUUGUUACUGCCUCGGAUGAUUCCAAAGUGAGAAUUUUUGACUUUACCGGUGGUGUCGAGGAACGCGAGCUUAAAGGCCACGGCUGGGAUGCAAAAAGCUGUGAUUGGCAUCCUACCAUGGGGCUUAUCGUUUCCGGAUCAAAGGACCAUCUGGUCAAGUUAUGGGAUCCGAGAGCGCCUGGACGAUGCUUGCGUACGCUGCAUGGGCACAAGAACACCAUUACAAAAACAUUGUUCGAGCGAGUCCGUGGAAAUUGCUUGGCAACUUCUGCUCGGGAUCAAACAGCAAGAGUCUUUGACUUGCGAAUGAUGAAGGACGUAUGUUUAUUGAAAGGUCACGAAAAGGACAUUUCGACCCUUGCAUGGCAUCCCAUCCACCCCAACCUUCUGAGCACUGGAGGCUCCGAGGGCUCUCUAUUCCACUACCUUUUGGACGAACCGAAUACUCCAGCAGGUCAACCUAUAAGUGUUAGCCCUUACGAGAGCGCGGAUCCAUCUUCAGCACCGGCGCAAACUCUGUAUCCCGCGCACAAAAUACCGUUUGCGCAUGAUUAUGCCAUAUGGUCGCUUGAUUGGCACCCACUAGGCCACAUUCUAGCCUCCGGAUCCAACGAUCGUAUUACGAGAUUCUGGUCGCGGGCUAGACCUGGGGACGCGGAGGUAUUCCACGACAGAUAUCACAUUGGGGAGGCUGCUGCCGAGGCUCAAGGAACAUGGCAUCGCCGUGAUGCACGUCGCCAACGGCAAGAAGAGGAAGAGCAAGAGCUCGAGGACGAAGCAGAAGGACUCGUCGACCAGAAAAUGCCAGCCAAGAGUCAACAGCCCGCAGGUCUCCCGGGUUUACCGGGUCUGCCAGGUCUCAGUUUACCUGCCAAUGGCGUCCCACCGCCUCUGCCACAGAUUCCCGGCGUCGGUGCGUCCGGUGUCGUGCCACCGCCUCUUCCGUUCCCGAUACCUCCCAAUCUGAAUGGCGCUGCUCCACCUCCUCCCAUACCUGGCAUGGAUCCCAACGAUCCCGAAGCCUUUGCUAGGAUCACAGAGAUGAUGCAGAAAGCUGGUGUUCCAUUGCCCCCGCCGCCUGGCAUGCUGCCACCCGGGAUGGUUCCCCCUCCCAACUUUCAAUUCCCGCCUGGCUUUCCUCCACCGCCAAUGCCACCGAAUGGCGCCGACGGUUCUGCUUUUGAUGCUGGAGGCCGCAGAAGAGCCCCCCUUCCUAGUCAAGAGGAAAGCCUGAAGGCAGAACAGAAACGCGGAAAUUACACUCGCAUUCGCUAA